AACGGUUUGUCUUCGACAGGAUGAUGACAUCAUCACCAGCAAUUCCACCAUUGGCUCCUCGAUCACAGAGACCUGGUACGCCAAAAUGGGACUCACCGAGCACCAUUUACGAACACUAAAUGACGCACAGUGUAUUCUGAUGUUGGGAUCCUAUGCUCGAGAGGCAUCUGAUUCAUCCAGGAGUUUCUUGGGCAAAGUUCAUUGCGUCUAUGGUUGGACUCGUCUAGGCGUGUUCACGGGUUUCCGCAUUGGGGAAUAUGGUCAGAACCGCCCACAUUCUUUCAGUUGCAUUCCACAUGAUUUUCUCAAUGUUCCUGUCGAAUUUCAUGGUAUGCCCUUGGCAAUGAUGGAAUGUGACUUUCAGUUUUUCGACAAUAACUUUGUUUUGAUCCCUCAUGCGGAUCUGGAAAGUCGCCAUCGACAGGGUGAAGUGCUUUGGCUUGAAAUCCGUUGGCGAUACGAUAAAAGUUCCAGCAACUUCGUCCUAAAGAAAUUUCAGUGGACUGGUCAUCCAAUUUUCUGUCCUGUGGACGCGGCAGUCAGUAUCAUUAUUCGAAAAACACUUCUUGGUGUUCCAUAUGAUCAUCCUAUUGGGGUCUGGCAUGACACUACACAAAGUGACUCUAACUAUCAAUUUGUGAUCGGUAACGACGUUUCUACUGUUAUGCGAAACGCCUGUGAUUUGGCUUACCCAGAUCCAAACCAUUACAUGCGAAUUAAUCGCAAAAGAAUUGUGCCCCAUUCCAAUCGUGUUACAGCAGCAGUUUGCUUACAAAAAGGGGGUGCUGAGAAUGACAAGAUCGCGUUCAAACUACGCUGGCAUCCGACAUCGGUCCCCACCUAUUUACGCGAAUGCUUUCAAUCGAUUGGGGCUACUCUUGAAAAAGCGAUUGCAGGAGUUAUGAAGGUGACAUUUGCCUCUUCUCCUCCUACUUAA